GGCCGCACGUCGUCGACGUUCAUUUUGAGCAAGGUGCCAGUUAAGUUGAACUACUAUCUCUUAUUGUUCGCAGGCGGAAGCAGCUAUCCAGUGAGUACCAGUAAAACAUGGUACAGGAUGCUUCCAAUCCAGACCAAGUCCUCACAUUUUGAAUCAAUCCUAGCAGAAUUGAAUAAGCAGCGCCUGUCCAAAGUCCACUGUGAUGUGUCUCUGGUUAGUGAUCUAGGUGUGACAUUCCCAGCUCAUCGCUGUGUCUUAGCAGCCAGUUGUGGAUAUUUCCGUGAUCUACUAAACCAGCAGAGAGCAGGGUCAAUCUUAGUCCUCAAUGACUAUAGCACAGAAGCAUUGCAGCUCUUCAUUGAGGUCAUAUACACUGGCAGGUUUCAGCUGCCCAAAAACAUAGACAAUGAGGAGGAUGUAAAAAAGCUGAGACAUUUAGCUACUCUUUUGGAUUUACAGACUGCUGUUCAGCUUUGUGAUGAAUACCUCCGUGGAGUUCAAUUUUUCAAACCAAAAAGUCGACGCAAAACUAACAAACAAAAAAGUCAACGUAAAUUAAAGAAACCCUCUUCUAAUCAAUUGACAAAUGAGUCUGCAGAGCCUGAAAAAGAAGAAAAGGAAAUUAAAACUGAUACAAUUGCUACAAAUGUACCAACUGAUGAUAAUGAUGAUGAUGAUGGGGAUGAAUUACAAACUGAUGAUGAGGGGGAAGAAUCUCCAGUUGAUGUUGGAAUGAUUGAAGAUGAUAGUGUUGAAUACAUACCAACUGGGUCUGCAGCAAAGCAGUGUUUUGAUGAUGAAACGAACACAAAGGGUAUAAGAAAAUCACUACGCAUUGUAAAACGAAAAGUGAAAAAAUACCCUGAAGAGGAACAAAUAGCGAAACCAAGAAGAAAAAUUAAAAAGAGGAAAGUGCAAGAUGAUAGUGAUUCUGAUCUAGAUGACAGUAUUGUUGUAGAGAGUGGUGCAGAUUUGGCUCCUUCUCAGCCUGUUGAUCCUGUGACAGAGGCUCUGAAUGUGGCUUUUGGUAUAACAUCUGACUUAGGAAAAGAAACCAACCCAACACCAGAUCCAGUGGAGGUUGAACAAACUUUUGACAAGAUUUUGAAAAUGUUGGCUGUUCAUAGACCGCAACAAAAAAUAGAGAAAAGAGGAAGAAAGCCCAAAAUUAAGGUAGAGGAAAAGGAAAGCAAGGUAGCAAUGGAUGGGGAACUUUUCAGAGAAAAUGAUCAGUCAGUUCUUGAAAAGUUUGCUGAAAUUACAACAAAGGUUGCAGAGCAGGAAGGACAGACACUUUUGAUAAAUGGGACCAUUUCUACUGAAAGUUCAGAUUUUGAUACCAAGGUCAGUAAAUCCUUCAAGUCAAUCCAAGAGCAAAUUAAAAAGAGAAAACUAACUGAAAAUAGUGAAGUGUCAGUCAACCUUGGCUUAAAGAAGAAGCCAGCCAGUGCACAAGAAGAAGAAGAAUGGCGAAAUUGUUUAUACUGCAAACAGUUUAGGGGUAAAAGAAAGGGAAGAUUUGAGUUCCAUGCAAGAUAUUGCAACAGCCAGUAUCGAUGUCAACUUUGCUACAAACCUUUUCUCAAUGAGUUUGAUAUGAAGAGGCAUCAUUGUGCAAAAGAAAAGAAAAGUGUCAUUUGUGAACAGUGUGGGAAGACCUUGACCAACUGCUAUGCUUUAGCUCUCCAUAUGCAAGUACAUUCAGGAGUGAAGAAACAUGCUUGUCAGCACUGUGGAAAGCUUUUCCUACGAGCAUGCCAGUUGAAGGCUCAUGUAGUCCAUGUUCACACAACAGAACGUCCCCAUAAGUGUGUCCACUGUGGCAAGGCAUUUGGAUUGAAAUAUGAAUUAAACAGACACUUACAGAACCAUAGCACAGCAUACAACUUUAUUUGCAACCAGUGUGGUGCUGGGUUCCACGAGAAUUUUAAACUUAACCAACAUGUCAAGAUGGCUCACAAGCCUAUGAAUGCUGGCAUACCACAGGUACUACAUCAGACUAGCAGUGCCUCAAGCCAGAUAACAUUUUUGGCCCCAAGUAUGACAUCCCAGGCUGAAAACUCUACUUUCACGUAUCCCACUAAUAGCUUGCCCGUCAACAAUCUUCCAAACUCUGUUCCAGGAGAGUCUCUGAUUUAUGCCAUGGUCCCUGCAUCUUCACUGGCACUGACUGAUGACCUACAGGAGAAUGAUGUCACUUUCCAAGUAAUUCAAGCUAUCCAGGGGUCAUACAGCAAUGACCAACCAAACCAGGACCAGGAAACUAGACUGACCACUCUGUAAACAUUAUAGUCAGUGUGGGAAAACAAACCACUGUUCAAACAGUUCCGUUUUGUUAUACAAACUGAUUUUUUUUCACUUUUUCAAAGAUAGAGUAGUUUUAUUCUAUGCAAAUGUAUUGCAUGGUGAAUAUUGCAUGGAAUGUUUUAAAAAAUGAGUUUGAGUGAAAGAAAAUUUCACCUACUAGUAGGGCUUUUAGUCAGGUUCUGCCUUGAACACUAAAUAAAUGUCAAGAGACUUGUGUAGUGAUCUUGUCUUAACCUGCACAGGAAGAGAAUAUCAGAAUGCCCUAGUUGUACAUAUUC